AAGCAGAUAACGCGAUUACAUAUCGCAGAUAAGAAAUUAAGUGUGAAGAAAUCGAUAACCGUUGUGGCGAAGAGUUUAUUAAAUUUAUUUCCAGUGUUUAAUUGAAUUAUUUUAAAGUGAAGUAAAAGGUAUAGAAGAAGAGGAAAUAUGUCCGUCUGUAGUGACGUCAGUUAUGACGUAAUGACUAACCAAUUCACUGCUGCAUUUUAAUCUGAAAUAUAGAUAGCGUUUCACUUAGAACUCUCUUAGUCCGGCUUUGAACGUUACGACGUAUUGUUUAAACAUUUGAUUUACAACUCUUGAUACUAGUACAACAACUUACGUAAAAAUUGUUUCUUCGAUACUCGGUUAUUCAAUAUUUCACUGAAGUGCUACGUGAUAUACAAAAAGUACACAUGGGUAUCAACAUUAAUAAGUUUCGCUAUAACAGCGGUUGAUCAAUGGAACCAUCAUCAGACUUCGCGCUCGCGCCGUUGUUCUGACGUCCGUGAACACUCGGUUUUCUUGCUUCGAAUGUUUGCAAUUAUAUCUGUGAAAAACAGCUUGACCCGCAAAGUGCGUUGGACCCAUAAAUUCAUCUAGUCCGGAAUGGUGAAUUUAAUAGUACAAGUUUCUUCACCAUUUCUGUUCUAAUAUUUGUUUGUCGUGUGUUAAUUAAUCGUCGCAAUAUAAGAAGUAUUGACUGGUCGAACGGUUGUUUGAAAUCAGAUCCAUAAUGAGUUCCCAACCAAUUGUGGUACCCGGAGGCGACCACAGGUCUCAACCAGAAACUCAUUCUGUUUCUGUUGGAAGUGCUUCUGAUUCAUUUAAAACCAUGACACCACCAAAUGAAACAGACAUCUUACAAAGGCUUAGAGAUAAACUUCCAUUCGAUAGCGGUAUUAGUGACAGUGGAUGUGGUACAUUACCAAGUAAGCUAGAACCAGUGGAUCAACAACUUCGACGAAGCAGUGCUCAAGUACAAUCUACAACAUUACCUAAACUUCCAUCAACAGAGUCCCUAUCAACAAGUGUAAAUUUAACAACUGCUGCUCCUCCACUAUCUCCAGGAUUGUCUGCAAUGGGAGAAGGUAAUCAGAAAACAGAUAAUACAUCUGACAAGUCUCUAGACUCUUGUAAAUUAACUCGGAAAGAAUCAUAUAAGGCUCAAAGGAAAAAUUAUAGAAUGGAGAAAAAACGUGUUGCUAAUGAACUUCUCAGUUCAUUUAAAGAUCCAACUGUUAUUGUGAUGAGCGAUUGGCUAAAAGUGCGUGGCACACUGAAGAGUUGGACAAAGCUGUGGUGUAUUUUGAAGCCAGGUUUACUCUUACUGUACAAAAGCCCUAAAACAAAAAGCAAUCAUUGGGUAGGAACAGUCUUACUGAAUACAUGUCAAGUGAUAGAACGACCAAGUAAAAAGGAUGGCUUUUGCUUUAAAUUAUUUCAUCCUUUGGAGCAAUCAAUUUGGGCUCCAAGGGGACCAGAGAAGGAGACCAUAGGUGCUGUUGUACAACCCUUGCCAACUUCUUACUUGAUCUUUAGAGCUCCUUCACAGGCAGCUGGUAAAUGUUGGUUGGACGCGCUUGAAUUAUCUUUACGUUGUUCCUCACUUAUAAUCCGUUCAACAAGUGCAUUGCCCCGUGCUCUGCCACUUGAUACUACAACAACUCAUGAAACUCAAUGGAGUGAAGCUGAUUAUGAAAAACAUUUUGAUGAACAUGUAUGUUUAUCUAAUUAUGCUCCUCAAUCGCCUGCAACCCCUCAAAGACGUUUGUUAUCAUGCCAACAAUCACUCUUACCUAAUGCAACCGAUACUCCUAGAAGUGCUUGUCCUUCACCGACUCCAAUGUUUCAACAAUUAUACCAUGCAAUUGCAUAUUGGGAUAAACGGUUCUGCGACAGAUCUCCAACACCUGCCACAGAUACAGAUGUAGCAGAAAUUUCAAAUUCUGUGGGGGCGUUAGGUGAUGGAGAUAUGUAUCAUAACAGAUCACACGCUGAAAUUAAAGCCCUAAACCGUGUGCUAUCUACCAAUAGACGCAUGACUCUUCCCUCUAUACAUGUCCUUCAGUAUGACACCCCACAAGUAGUAACGCUAGAUCCUGUGCACUCCUCACACACAGACCUGGACGACAUUAGCCAACCUGAAAAUGGAGUCGCAGCCGACGCAGAGAUCAGUGCAUCGGACAGUGAAUCUGAAGGAUCAGCUAAAGAAGAUCAGCCUGAAACAAUCAACGAAACUCCAUAUGUUGCAAACGAGAAUGAAAUUCUUGGAUCGGCUGGAGAAGUUGUCACAGAAUUACAAGAAGAGCAAAAAUCUUUAAUAUGGUUCCUAAUGAAACAAGUUCGGCCAGGCAUGGAUUUAUCCAAAGUAGUUUUGCCAACUUUUAUUUUAGAACCUCGUUCAUUUUUAGAGAAACUGGCUGAUUCCUAUUAUCAUGCAGACUUGUUGUCUCAAGCUGUGUUAGAAGAUGAUGCAUUUACACGUAUGAAAGGUGUUGUCAAGUGGUAUUUAUCUGGUUUCUACAAGAAACCUCAAGGUUUGAAAAAACCAUAUAAUCCAUUAUUGGGCGAAACCUUUCGUUGUUAUUGGCAGCAUCCUAACGGUUCAAGGACUUUCUACAUAGCUGAACAAUUGUCUCACCAUCCACCUAUAUCAGGAUUCUAUGUAACAAAUCGUCAAGACGGGUUUACUAUUAGCACUACAAUUAUUGCUAAAUCUAAGUUUUAUGGAAAUUCAACAUCAGCUGUUUUAGAUGGAGUUGCAAUAUUAACAAUGUUACCUAGAGGAGAAGAUUAUACAAUGACUAUACCAUAUGCUCAUUGUAAAGGUAUCUUUAUGGGUACAUUAUCUAUGGAAUUGGGUGGUAAGGUUCAAAUAAAUUGUGAGAAAACGGGUUAUCAUACUGAAAUAGAAUUUAAGCUCAAGCCAUUCCUUGGUGGAGCAGAACAAAUGAAUCAAGUAGCAGGAGCGAUACGUUUAGGAAAAGAAACUCUUGCUACUAUAUCAGGAUAUUGGGAUGGUCAAAUAGUAAUUACUGACAAGAGGGCAGGACAAGAAAGUGUAUUCUUUAAUCCAACGCCAGAAGUGCGCAAAAAGAGAUUGAAGAAAUAUACAGUACCAAUAGAUCAUCAAGGUGCAUGGGAAAGUGAAAAAUUAUGGUGCGAAGUUACUCAAGCAAUUAAUCGAGAUGAUCAAGUUGCUGCUACCGAGGCGAAAACUCAGUUAGAAGAGGCGCAGAGAGAACGUGCUAAGGAACGUAAACUUAAGAGUCAAGAAUGGAUCCCUAAACAUUUUGUCCAGGACAUCAUAACGGGCAAUUGGGUGUAUCGACAUGCAGAUGUUAGACCCUGGGAUCCUAGAAAUGAUGUUGUGCAAUACGAACAAGACUACAUUGUGCGCACUAAAACUAGACAUAAAACACCAAUUAUGCGUACUGGCAGUAUCGUUUCAACUGAUCCCCAAACACAGGUCCCGCUUCUUCAAGCAGAAUCUCGUUCUUCACUCUCUGUAUUGAAAUCUUCGAAAAGACAAUUGUCAAAUAAUUUGCCAUUAACAGAAACCGCUCAUGAUUCUGGAAGUUCAUCUGUAGAGGGCCACUCAGAUUCUAGUCAAUCAAUAGGUAAAAGGAAACGUUCUACCGCAAGAAUAAUAGAUGUUAUGAAAGACAUAGAACGUCAUAUGUUAAAAUAUGGUGAAGAUCUUAAUCGUAUACAACGUAUGGUAGAGCAAAUUGCUGUUAAGCAACGAGAACAAGGUGAACACCAUUAUACAAUGAGUAUGUUAAAAAACUUUAUAGAUACAAUUCUCAUUAUUGUAAUAGUUUUCUGUGUACAAUACUUGGUAAAAAUGUGGACCGCAGAACUCAGCGGGGGUUGAAAAAUGCGAUAAAAUAUCGCAAUGUACAUUUUAUAUGUUAUUUAUCUCCUCUCGAUUCGAGUUGUCAGCUUUUAUCCAAGGAAGCCUUAAUGGCAGAGAUACCUAAAAUUUCGAAUACCUAAUUUACACGUGCUUUUGUUUUUGGUGAAGGAAUAAGGCACGCCGUGUUUAGUAGAAUAUCGCUAUAACAUAGAAUAAGAAUCCAGAGGUUUCAAGGAAUAUUCUGUAAAUGCAGUGCAAUCUUGUUUUAUUUAGUUUUUACAAGCUUUAUUUCACACUAUUGUAGGGCAACACCUCCUUCGCAUUGAAAAAUGUAGAGUUCACUUUCUAGUGAUUACUAUAAGACAAUUUAGUUCUUGAAUAGUCCUCGCAGUGACGAAAACUGUUAAGGGUAUGGGGGAUUGAAUUCACUAUUUCGUUGAGCUUAUCAUGUACAUAAUAUUUUAUAUCAUAUUGCACGGAAAGUAAUUAUAUAUUUAUUCAGAGAACCUAAGAUGUUGUAGUCUUUAAUGCAGUCGCUCAAUAAUAAACUAUAAUAUUAAUAAGAUUCUUGUAAAAAUGAUAACAUA